CCCCAAUGUGUUUUUAGAGACCACUGUGGCCUUUGGAGGUUGAUCAACAAAUGCUAUUUGCAAAAUCACAAAUUGAGAAUGCACCUGGCAUAAGGAAUGAUACUAUAGUUUAUGCACCUAUAUAUCGAAAUGCUUCAAUGUUUAAAAGGAGUUAUGAACUGAUGGAGGACAUGCUUAAAGUUUUCAUCUACCAGGAUGGAGAAAAACCUAUCUUCCAUCAGCCUAUCCUUGAAGGAAUAUAUGCAUCAGAAGGAUGGUUUAUGAAGCUUAUGCAAACUAACAAAAAAUUUGUUACAAAAGACCCUAGAGAAGCUCAUUUAUUUUACAUUCCUUAUAGUUCACGGCUUCUAGAAUUAACACUCUAUGUACGCAAGUCACAUAGUCGUACAAACCUCAUUGAGUACAUGAAAAAUUAUGUGGACAUGAUAGCAGCAAACUAUUCAUUCUGGAACAGAACUGGUGGAGCAGAUCAUUUUGUUGCUGCAUGUCACGACUGGGCACCAGCUGAAACUAGGGGACUUAUGUUAAAUUGCAUCAGAGCUCUUUGCAAUGCUGAUAUUGAUGUUGGCUUCAGCAUAGGCAAGGAUGUGUCUCUUCCAGAAACAUAUGUGAAAUCAGCUCAGAAUCCUCUCAAAAAUUUGGAAGGCAACCCUCCCUCCCAGAGACCCAUCCUUGCUUUCUUUGCAGGGCAAUGCAAACUACAUUCAAUACAUGAAGAGCAGCAAGUACUGCAUUUGCCCAAGGGGUCAUGAAGUCAACAGCCCGCGAAUAGUGGAGUCCAUAUUCUAUGAGUGUGUUCCAGUAAUAAUAUCUGACAACUACAUACCUCCUUUUUUUGAAGUCUUGGACUGGGAAUCCUUUGCUGUUUUCGUGUUGGAGAAGGAUAUCCCGCAUUUGAAGAGUAUACUACU